GACCCAAGCAGCCAAAGGGGGGAGGGGCUUCUCUGAAGGAGUCCCAGGUAAGGGAGUCUCAGGGUGUGACAUCACUUUCCUGAUUGACACAGCACAAUACUCAGAACCCAGUAUCCCGGUAGCCAGGUUCUAAACAAAAAUCGACCCAGUUCACUUUCAGGGAGAACCAGGAGCGGCAAAGAUGUUUUCUUGCAUGCCGAGGUCUCCCGACAAAAGUAAAAGGCGCAGGAACCUCUUUCAGACGCUGGUGCAAGGCAUCAGGAGACUACUCAGAUUUGGCAGGCCAGGAGCCAGCGUUGCCCCAGCGGUACCCUCCAACCUGGAAGAUGAAGAGUCCGAGGAAGAGGAUUUCCCCUACUCGCCUCCCAGCCCACUGAGCACAAUCCGUUGCAGGCCCAAAACCUGCGCUAACACCAGGCGCAAGUUUCAGUUUAUGGAGCUUGUACACAAGUGCAGGGCAAAAGACCUGAAGCCAAUGGAGGAAUUUCCUGAGGCUCCUUCUCCACCACUAAACCUGGAAGAUGAGGAAUCCGAAGAAGAGGAUUUCCCCUACUCGCCUCCCAGCCCAUUGAGCGCGAUCCGUUGCAGGCCUAAAACCUGCGCUAACACCAGGCGCAAGUUUCAAUGUAUGGAGCUUGUACACAAGUGCAGGGCAAAAGACCUGAAGCCAAUGGCGGAAUUUCCUGAGGCUCCUUCUCCACCACUAAAGCUGGGCACCACUGCAUCUCACUGGACAGGACCAGAGUCCUGCCAUGUAUGCAAAUCAUCACAAGCGGACUUCACAUGCCGAGAGGAGACACCUGGAUCAUCUCUCUCCUAUGAUCAUCCACAAAAUACCCAGCAUUCUGCAGGUGGCCAAGGAGACUCUGAGAUCUCUGUAUCCCUGCACGGUGAGAUUGCCACUAGCCAGCAUCCUGCCAGAUGUCCUCUGGCCAUUGCGCUUCUACCACCACUGCUGGGAGAGUCAGGCCCACUCCCAAAUCUUCCAGGACAAGUUGAUAGUGUUGAGCUUAGCCCACACCUGAAGGGUGAGCCAAGCUCCAGCCCAACCCCAACAGGGGAUGAUGGCGGAGAUGGGAUGCUCACAGUAGCCCCCCUGUGGGAGAAGGUCCAAGGCCGGGAUGUCCCUAGGGUUCGCCAGUGCUGGGUGGACACAGCAUCUGAACUGGAGGAGGAAAUACCUGAGGAGGAUCUAGCAGAAUUCUCAGAUGAUUCUGACCUGUGAGGCCAGCAGCAGAGGGUAUUAUUCAUUGGCGAGGAUGCAGCACCUUAGGCCUAGGAUGCGGAGUUCAUUCACCCCUGUAGUAGGAACUCAGCCUGGGCAACAAGUCACAGCUUCAACAGAAGGUAGUAAGCUCAGAAAUGCCCUCUUGGGCAGCAAGACCCUGUGUGAUCCUGCCGGCUGACCAGAACCUAGUCAGCUGAUAUCAGCCCUCAAUGGGAACUGACCCUUUCCCCUGCCUAGCCUGUCCACCUCUGGGGGCAGCUGACAAUUCAGCCCUAGUUUUCCCAAACCUCUUUUCCCAGCCACAUGCCUUCUUUGAACUUUGACCUCUCCUCCACCACAAGCCCUGGACUUUUCUCUUAUUCACAUUCUUUGGUUAUAGUUGAUUUAAGGUUUGGUUUCAUUUCACUUCCUUUCAGAUUCCUUUUUUCAUUGUAUACAUUUAUGGUAAUAAACUUUGUGUUGACUUAACUCAAGUUGUCCGCUCUUUGGUGUCCAGUCUCUUCACAGCACUGGCCUCCUUCUCACUAUUGACUUGCACAAAAGAUCACCUCCCUAGUGGAUAGCCACCAGAUAAUUCACCCGCUGCCCAAUCCUCUAGCCCUGUUCACCUCACCAGCCUGC